CUUAAUUAAUGACAUUAUAUUACUAUUACCCAUUUUGCAAUUAUCUACAUAUUUAUCUUUCUAAUUAGUGUUAAUAUGAGUGUUUAAUUAUUAAAAACAUUGUUAUCGUACUAGACUUUAAAAAGACGCUUAUUUUGUAAACUAGGCUUUUAAAAAACUUUUUAGUUUGGUGUAUUAACAAUGUGAAAAAUGAUUUAAAAUCGAAAAGAGGGACUAGCAGAUAUGAAAGCAAGACAAAAAGGGAUAAAUAAAAUUGAUAAAUAUACAAAUAAUGACGUUAAAUCAAAAAUUUUGGAAUAUCUACCAAUAUAAUCAAAAAACAAGAAAUGUUGCUGUUACUGUCCUGUACAGUUUUUCUUUGCAGUAUUAUUGCCCAAGUAAAUGGAAACAUUGUUUACAUUAAUAGAGAAAACAAUGAAAUCGAUAAAAAUUCAACAGACUCCGAAGAUUACCACAUAGAAUACGUCCUCAUUGACAGUAACAAUCCUUGUAAACGUAACUGCGUACUAGGAGCACCUCCGAUGAUUUGUAGAUACAAUUUCGAAGUCGAAAAUUAUCACUCUUUGAGCAAAGCUUGUUACAAUUGUCCCCUAAAUAUCACGGACUGUUUUAGAAAAGAUUGCGUACCAGCAGAUGGCACCAAAAGAGGAAUCGUUACUAUUAACAGACAGUUACCAGGACCGGCUAUUGAGGUUUGUCAAAAUGAUAUAAUCGUUGUGGAUCUUCACAAUAAAUUGCCUAGCGAAGGAACAAGUCUUCAUUGGCAUGGACAACAUCAGGUAGAAACUCCUUAUAUGGACGGUGUUCCAUUGAUUACUCAGUGUCCUAUUACUCCGCAUUCUACAUUCAGGUACACCUUUAAGGCAGCUCAAGCUGGUACACAUUUUUACCAUUCCCAUAUAGGUAUGCAAAGAGCUGAUGGAGCAUACGGUCCCUUAAUAGUUAAAGUUCCAGAAGAAAACGACCCACAUUCACAUCUAUACGAUUAUGAUCUCUCGGAACAUGUUAUGACCAUUAUUGAUUGGGUGACGCAAUUAGGAACAGAAGUUUUCUUAUCGCAUCACCACAACGAUGGUGAUAAUAAACCACCGACGAUAUUAAUAAACGGAUUGGGGAGGUUUCAGGAAUUUCUAAAUGCGAGCAAUGCAUCUAUUUAUACUCCGCCUGCCAGAUUUAAAGUUGAACAAGGUUAUCGCUACAGGUUCCGAAUUAUUAAUGCAGGAUUUUUGAACUGUCCAGUUGAAAUGACGAUCGAUAAUCAUACUAUACAUGUUAUCAGUACAGAUGGACACGAUAUUAAUGUUACGGCAGCAACAUCUCUUGUAACCUAUGCCGGUGAACGUUUUGAUUUCGUCUUAAAUGCCGAUCAACCGAAAGGCAUGUAUUGGAUACGUUUCAAAGGUCUUAUGGAUUGCGACGAAAGGUUUACAAAAGCUUUCCAAGUAGCCAUUUUGCAAUACGAUGUCAAUAAUAACGUUGAUUACGCUGACGAAGAAACACUUUUAAACACUUUUCCAGUAGGAGAGGUAACUUUCGAUAACGCACAUGUUGAUGGAAUUCAAAUUAAUCCUUUAAAUAUAGGAACCGAGGGAAACGAAUCGUUUAUUCCUAUGCCAAAUUUAGAAUCUCUUUUACCGUGGGACGAAGCGUUAAAAGAAGUAGCAGAUUUUCAAUUUUAUGUCGCCUAUGAUUUCUACAAAAUUAGUAACAGGGAAUUUUAUAGACCACCUCAUUAUGGGUAUUUCGAUAUUACGAAUCCGUUACAAGUGGUACUCACGCCGCAAUUAAAUCAUAUUUCCAAUAAAAUGCCGUCUUUUCCACUUCUUUCGCAAAGGGAUGAAAUACCGGAUGAUAUGUUUUGUAAUAACGACACUUUGAAGGAAAAAAAUUGUACAGCAGACUAUUGUUCAUGUCCACACGGAAUUCAAGUACCAAUUGGCGCUGUAGUCGAAAUAGUUUUUCUGGACGAAGGUUUCUCAUACGACGCCAACCAUCCUCUUCAUCUUCACGGAUACGCUUUCAGAGUCGUCGCAAUGGAAAGAUUGGGAAAAAAUGCUACCGUCGCGGAAGUAAAAGAAAGAGACGCCCAAGGUUUAAUUACUAGAAAUUUAAAGAAUCCUCCAUUGAAAGAUACUGUAACGGUUCCAGACGGAGGAUAUACCGUUGUUAGAUUCAUAGCCAAUAAUCCAGGUUACUGGUUCCUUCACUGCCACUUAGAAUUCCAUUCAGAAAUCGGAAUGGCCAUGGUGCUACAAGUAGGAGAAAAACACGAGAUGUUGCCGGUUCCUGAAAAUUUCCCCAAAUGCGGGAGUUUUCUGCCUGAUCUAACGAGAAGCAUCUCUAACGAGACGUCGACUUCUAAUUCAGCUGGAAAACUUUUCCAAUCGGUUAAUACUAGUUUAAUAACAUUUGGAAUUGUUAUAUUCAAUAUUUUUAUAUAUAGGUUUGCGUAAAUUUUGAUAUAAAGAUUCUAGUAUUAUCUAAAAAAGCUAUACUAGGAAAAUUUGUUCCUACACUAGGCUGUGAAUAGAUAGUAAAAGCCAAAUUACUAAGUAGAUGUGCCUUUAUAAUAAAUAAAAUAAGAAACUUGAAAACUAGAACUUUUUUAAGAAUAGAGGUGGUUCUAAUUUAUUUAUCAAUAAUAAAACAAGUUCGCAAAUCUGUCAUACAUUCUACUAAUAUAUAAAUGCAAAAAUUUGGAUGGAUGGAUGUUUGUCGCUUAAUAACGUCAAAACGGCUGAACGGAUCUGGAUGAAAUUUGGCAAAAAGAUAGGUUAUAAUCUGGAAAAUGUAAACUUUGCAUAGAUUUGUUUCUGUUUUUCACAAGGGAUCAGCAUGAUUUUUUGCAUAGUGGUAGUGAAACAUGAAAUUUUGAAAUACAUCCGCUGAACAUAAAUAAAUAAUGACGUGUUUGAAGGUUUUGAAUUUUCAUACUUUAAGAGGGAAUGAGGGUUGAAAGUUUGUAUGGAAGAAUUGAUAUUUUAAAAGGUAGGAACUUGAAAAUUGGAAUUAUAGCUCCUCAUCACAAAUAAAUAAAGGUGUGCUUUAAGGUUUUUGAAUUUUCAUAUUUUAAGAGAAAGGGUGAAAAGGGGGAAAGGAAGGAGGUGACAGUUUGUAUGGGGUAUCGAUUUUUUAGAGGCAGGAACUUGAAAAUUAGAAUUGUAACUACUUACCAUAAAUAAAAAGAUAUGAUGCAGGGUAUUUGGAUGUUUAAACAUUAAGGGGGAAACGGGAGGGGUUCUAAGAACUCCAAGACCCAUUACAUAGGAAAUAUUUAGUACCACCUCGGUUAUAUCUAAUCAGCAUUAAAUAAUUAUAAGUUAUAAAUAAUAAGUCGAGGGCUUAGCGCAACAACCACGUAACCAAUGUUCUGACAGUUUUGAGAUAAUUGCACUUAAAAAUGAUCGUUGGUCAAAAAUGUCUAUUAAUAAUGCCAGUAAAUGAAUUUAGGUUUGUUUUUUGCAUAUACAAAAUGGUCAGAGUUUAUUAAUAAAUUACAUAUUUGCCGUAUUAUAAGUUACAUUAGCGUUAGAGGACAAAAUCGUUUUUUUUUUUAGUUACGUGGUUGUUGUUCUAAGCCCUUGAAGUGAAUCACCCUGUAUAUUGUGUUCUUAUACAUCACCAUAAUUGAACUAAACUUAGGUAAACCAUUGACCAGUUAGAAUAGUUUUGUAUUUUAGUGUAUAUUUAUUAUGUAACUUUUAGUCGUACUUAAUUAUUAAGUUUUAAUUUGAAGAAAAUUUGUUUUAAAUAAGUUUGUUAAUAAGAUUACGUUGUUAGUAUUAAAAAUCACGUGCCUUUA